UCAUGGCUGCCCCCAAGGAAAGCAAAAUUGAAUGCUUAUUAUUUAGUGAAUUUCAUCCUACAGCUGGUCCAAAAAUAAUGUACCAGGCAUGUCUUUAUGCUUAUGUCCGUUACGUGUUAGAUUUUCCAGAAAAUUACAUAGAUAAGGAGCUGUUCGAUGCCAUUCACAUCUACAUCAUCACGAAACCACAGCUGCAAGGCAGACUGAUCAUGUCGAACGCAUUUGGCAAAAAAAUAAUGGGUUGUCCAGUUUGCAUUGAUCAUCCCAAGUAUGCAAGAAAUGCACUCAUCUUCAAUCUGUGCUUUGUAUUUGAUGGACUCGCAAACAGCAGACCUUACGAGAAGCCAGUCAGGAAACUCUCCCGAUAUCUGGUCUCUUUAGAGAGAGAGAGUGGAUUUCUAUCCAAUGAGGAGAGCAAACAAACACUGCCGAGAAUAAUGGCCCAGAUCCUCACCGACCUGAACGAGCAAGGAAGUUGUGCAGUGGAAGUUAACCAGGUGACAACUAUAUAUCUGAAGACAUUGCUGGUUAUUAACAACCCAGGAGAGGUGCAUAUGUAUGACGUUCCCAUCUUUACUGUGCAGUGCGACUCCUUCCACUCUCACCAGUGGGACCUCACAACACAACAGAUACUACCGUAUAUUGAUGGGAUGCGGCAUGUGGCGCGGAUAUCAGUCGAGAGUGAUGUUGCCAUUAGCCUUGUAAAGAGCUGCCUACAGAACAUGCUAUACUACGGCAUCAUUAAACUAUUGCCAAUAUUCCAGUAUUCCAAUGUCUACACUGUGACAUCAAAAAUCAACAGAUUGGCACAAGACAGAGAUCUGCAGAAUGAGUGCAAUAAAUAUGUCGCCAAACCAGGUCAGCUUGGCUUCCCCUGUUUUCGUGAUAUCUUCAUGCUGUUCUGUAGCCUUGGACCAGGCACCCCUGUUAAGGACUGGUGUGCACGUCAUAACCCCCAGCAACUAAAGGUGGACGAAAGGCGCCUCAUCCAGUUCGGCGUUCUCCAUGGCCUGCUACGACGGAUCCACAAAUACCCAGUGCUGUUAACAAAUGAGCCAGGCUCACAGAACCUGCGACUCCUUUCUCGCUGGCUCAACGGACAACAUCACUACGAUGAGAUAUGCUGCCGAACAGGGCUAAGUUACAGCGUGUUAGACGAGAUGAUAGAAGAUGAUCCAACCAUUGUUGUCUGCUGGAAAUAAACUCCAAUGUGUGGCUGCAUGGUCUCAAGUCAUUCUCGAAAACUUCAAUCAUUUUAUGAAGCAAUUUCUAAACAGUGUGUAUGAUGUCAUAUAUUCCUGCAUAUUCCUGCUGAUUGAAGAUGAAAACCCUCUACGAAUAGUGUACAUAUUGUAUAUAUUUCAGAUGAAAUCAAAUUGUGAUAAUAAUGUUUGUCAGUGGAAUAAUGCUUUAAUUUGUAGUAAUUAUACUUGUGAUGCAUCGUGUAUAUAUACACAUCAUAUCCUGCAAUUGAUAAGAUCAUGUUAGCAGGUUGAGUUAUCCAUAUAUUAUAUGGCCCGCAUUACUCUCUCAUAACAUAUUUUGUAAUGUAAAUAUGUACAUAAAACAUUUCACUUGCGAUAAGAUGUCAUAAUAUAUUUUAUGAUACCAUGCAGUGUUGGUGUGUUAAUUUGAUCAACGAAAAAGACUAUCUCCUUCCUUUCAGACUUACAUUUACAGUCCACAAUCUACUAUCUAGAAUAUUCUUUUGUUAGAAUAUUAUCGUAAAAAUUGUAAAUAUUAUUGCUAAAUAUUGCUGCUAAUAAACACGUUGGUGUUUUCAAUACGCGAAGAAUUCGUGCCGUGUUAAAAAUAAGAGCGAGCGU